UUGCAGCUUUUGGUUUGUUUAGUCGAUAUUUAAUUCAAAAUCUAGAAGCUGGAUACAUAACUAUUUGUGCAUGCCUGUAAUCGUUUUCCUUUUUAAUCUUUAGACCAUCUUACAAAGAAAUGAAUCCUCCACAGCUAUUCCAAGCAAAUGUUCCUGUGAUACUUGAACUAGAUAUGAAGUUUUGUUCAAUAGAAGCUGGGAUUUUACCUUGUGAGAAUCGAGAAAAUUUUGAAAUAAGCCAUCGGUGAAGGUCGUUUUCAAGAUUGCGAGGGAAUCUCAACAUGAAGCUUUUGCAUCUCUUCAUCACAGCAUCAAUUCCAGUCUUGAAACUACUCUUGAUUACCGGACUUGGGGCUUAUCUUGCUCGAGAUAGUAUCGAUAUUUUGGGGGAAGAUGCUAGGAAGCAUUUAAAUACUGUUGUAUUCUAUGUAUUCAGUCCAGCCCUCGUAGCCUCCUACCUGGCACAAACAAUAACAAGCACGAGCAUGGUUAAGAUGUGGUUUAUGCCAAUUAAUAUCCUCAUCACAUUUAUUAUUGGCUCUAUUCUUGGAUGGAUAGUUAUCCUAGUGACAAGAGCUCCUCCACACCUGAGAGGCCUCAUAUUGGGUUGCUGCGCUGCAGGAAAUUUAGGGAACAUUCUGUUGAUUAUAAUCCCGUCUAUUUGUAAAGAAAAAGGAGGGCCAUUUGGAGCACCUGAUGUCUGUCAAACAUAUGGAAUGGGUUAUGUUUCACUUUCAAUGGCGAUAGGAAGCAUUUAUUUGUGGUCCUACGUGUAUAAUAUCAUACGGAUAUUUUCAAGGAGAAGCACCAAAGGAUCAGAAGUAAGAGAAAUCUCUAUCAGUAUGCCUUCCAAAGAAUCCUCCACAUCAGUCCUAGAGAGUUGCAUAGAGCCGCUACCUUCUUCCUCCAAGGAUAUGAUAGCUGAGGACAAUGAACAUCAUCAAUGUGCAGUUCCCUGCAGUAGAUCUGUAGAGAAACCUGAGGUUGUCUCCAGCAUCAAUAUGGUUUCAGUUACAGAUAAAGUAAAGCAAAAAAUAUCAAUGAUGUUCAGAAAAACUGAUCUGAACGCAAUACUUGCCCCUUCAACUAUUGCAGCGAUUGUUGGGUUUGCAAUUGGACUCGUCCCCGAGAUCCGAAAGUUAAUGAUUGGUGAAGGUGCUCCUCUUCGUGUUAUCCAAGACUCCGUCCUCUUGUUGGGAGAUGGAACCAUUGCAGCUAUGACUCUGAUAAUCGGUGGAAACCUUGUCAACGGUUUGCAAGGCCAAGGAAUUCGAAAAUCCCUUAUCAUUGGCAUUGUAGUCGUUCGUUAUAUUGCCCUGCCUUUGACAGGGAUUUUCAUUAUUAAAGGUGCCCAUCAAAUUGGUUUGGUGCACUCGGAUCCAUUGUACCGGUUCAUUCUCUUGCUCCAGUAUGUAGUUCCUCCUGCUAUGAACAUAGGAGUCAUCACUCAACUGUUUGGAGCAGGAGAGAGUGAAUGUUCUGUGAUCAUGUUGUGGACUUAUGCGUUGGCUUCGAUUUCACUUACUCUAUGGUCAGCCGUCUUCAUGUGGCUAGUGGCUUGAAGUCUCAGCUUUUAUUAAAUACAUCCACUAUCUUGUAAAUCGUCUCCGGUCUAAUGGAAUGUGCGACUUACAACAGAUUUUGGAAAGAUAUGCACUUUUUUUUUUGUUGUUGUUGUAGUAUUUGGAAUAAGAAGGUCGGACCAGAUUAAAUAUCAGACUAGUGAAAUUAGAUUCAUAGAUAUUCUGAUCAGUUGUGGAAUUCAGACUAGUGAAAUUAAA